AUGGCUCAACAACAACAAUUCUGCAAUGUAGAUCCAAGAAUAUGGCAAGAAUGUGCAGGAGAUUCUUUCACUGUUCCUAAACUCCAUUCUAGAGUUUAUUAUUUUCCUAUUGGUCAUUUAGACCAUUCUCCUAUAACCCCUACCACUCAAACUCUCUCCCUCAUCCACCCAAUCAUUCUCUGCACUCUCUCCUCUGUUGAUUUUCUUGCAGAUCUUGAAACUGAUCAAAUCUUUGCAAAACUACUCCUCACUCCCGUCAUUGACGCAACUGUUGUUCCUCCUGUUGAGGCUAGCAAUCAAGAAGACAAUGGUGAUCGUGUCGUUUCAUAUGCAAAGACUCUAACUACGUCUGAUGCUAACAAUAAGGGUUCAUUCUAUGUACCUCGGGCCUGCGCCGACUCAAUCUUUUUGCCGCUUGACUUGACAACUCCAUCGCCAUCUCAAGAACUUUCUGUCACUUAUGUUUGCGGUGUUGUCUGGACCAUUUGCCACGUCCAUCGCGGGAAUCCCGAGCGAUACCUAUUCACCACCGGCUGGAAUGCAUUUGUUAAGAAGAAGCAUCUUGUCGUCGGAGAUACCCUUGUUUUCAUUAAAAACUCGGCUAGAAAGAUAUUUGUUGGAAUCCGCCGCCACAAUAUGUCUGCGGCCGCGAGUAAAAUAACGGAAAAGACAGUUAUCAAUGCGGUAGAAUUGGCUAAGAAGAAUACACCAUUUGAAGUCAUGUGUUAUCCGACGGUGGAUGGUUUUGUUUUGUGGUGGAAGAUGAAGUUGUGA